CGAAAUGAAGAAAUUUCAUCGUUUUUUCUUUUUAGGGUACUUAGAAAAAGUAAAUUUUUUAUUUUGUUAAACGAAAAUCUUGCAAUAAAAGCAUUAAAACGUACUUUAUUUUUCAUAUUUGAAAAAGUGUAUAUGGUACAUAUACCCGCACUGUGAGUGUAUAUUAAUUUAUAAUGAAUUUACACAUCCACACUCAUUCACUCACACGUACAUACACAUAUUGCGUUAUUUUUGUCAAGUCAUGGGCUACGAUAGUAUCGUAUUUUCAAUUAAGUUUGGUUGCAAUAUUGAUUACAAUCAUAAAAUGGGAAAGGAGUAACUGAAGUUUAAAAUUGAUAUAAUUAAUAUAUAGAUAGAUUAUUCCAAGUUUUAUGAUACGUGUUUGAUUUUUUACUAGUGCCAUUUAAAAGUUUGAACAGAACAUUGCGAUUAAAAUAUCUUUUUAUUGUUCAAGUUAACGAGUUUUAUAACUAUAUGCCUUAAUUGCGCGUUUUUCGAUCAUUCACAGAGAUACAUCAUUCUGGCGGCGAAUUUGUUAAAUCAAUAUUAGUCUGUUAUCCUCUAUAAGCCUCGGAGAACGGCAGGCGUCUAUUAAUUUGAUAUAUAGACAGACGCAAUUCAGUUUUAGCAUAGAAUCUACAACAGUUAAUGGAAUUUUGAGUAGAGAUGUGUCUCUGCCUUGGACCAUUCAAAUCGGGCAAAACUCUUCUAAUGAAAAGUCUCCAAGGAGACGAAAUCGACGAUGCAACUCAUACUGUGCCUACCAAUGGAGUAAAUAUAUAUACUGUAAAAAAUGAUACUGGCGAAUUCGAUAUGGUGAUUAAAGAAAUAGGCGGAAAUAUGGCACCGAUAUGGAAGCAUUAUUUUGAUAAGAUUCAUAAAAUAAUCUACGUGGUGGAUACCAGUAAUCUUUGCCAAAUAAGUGCUGCUGGCGUGCUGCUCUAUUCUUUCCUCGUGGAGCCGAGAUUGCGGCACGUGAAAGUUGCGCUCAUCUUGAACAAGAUGGACGUUUCGUAUCGUCAGAUGAGAAACGAGGCUUUGCUGAUGCUGCAAUAUGCGCGUUUACAAAAGGAAGUAACGCAGAGAAUCACAGUGCUGGAAACCAGUGGCAUGACAGGCCAGGGAGUAGACAGUUUACGCAGCUGGCUGUUUGACCCAGAGACGCUGCAGGCCACACUCAGGGCUAAUAAAUAGACGGAGAUUACG